AUGUCGCCACUGCCCUCCUCAGAUCUGUCCCCCCAUCCCCCACGCCGUCCCCACGUCCAUCUCCGCAUCCCCAGCGCCAUCAUCAGUGCCAUCCCCACGACCCUGUGCUGCCCCUGUCCCUGCGCCGUCCCCUGCGCCGCCCCUGACCCCUCUCACCCGCAGACGGUCCUGACGCCGUCACUGUCACCCCGCCGGGGCCCCUCGAGCUGCCGGCCGGAGCUGCUGGCGCAGCCAGCGGUGACGCCAGACAACGUGACGGUGGUGGAGAACGACACCAUCACCCUGACCUGCCGCAGCCCCCCCGGCACCCAGAUGGUGGCCUGGCUGCACGAUGGGGUGACGGUGUCGGCCGAUGGCCGCCUGUCCCUGUCCCCAGACAACCGCACGCUGACGGUGUGGCCGGCGCAGCGGGGUGACGCUGGUGCCUACGUGUGCCAGGUCAGCAAUGCCGUCAGCACCAACCGCAGCGAGGACGUCAACAUCGCCAUCCUUUAUGGCCCCGACAGCAUCACCGUCACCCCGCCGGGCCCCCUGCGCCUGCAGCUGGGCUCCCGCCUGGAGCUGUGCUGCACCGCCGCUGCUGCCCCACCGCCCCUCUUUGCCUGGACCUAUGAGGCCCCGGUGGCGGACAGCACAGACUGCACGAGGGGCUGCGGGGCCCAGACGCCUGCGUCCCCGACGCGCGGUGCUGCCUUGCAGGAUGAGGUCAAGUACUCGACCCUGGCCUUCCGUGCCCCGGGGGGGGCGGCGCCCCACAGCCCCCCCCAGCUCGACGGCUGCACCAUCUACUCCGAG